UAGUAUCCCAGGCUGUGUUAACGGGCGGGGCUUAUGACUUAUAUAUCUUCAGAGGUUCCUUGGUGAAGGCAAACAAUGGCGAGCCAAGGGAAAGAUCAAACUUCAGGUCAGAACACAACUGAUGUGGACUCAGCACAUGGUACUGCUGCAGGGCAGGAAGUAGGCCAGAUGGAGACAGACGCCAGGUAUCACAGAGUUUGUAAAAUGGACCCACAUGAGGAGUACAACAUGAAGCACAAACGCCGAGGUCUGGCUCUCAUCUUUAACCAGGAGAACUUUUUCUGGCAUCUCCGGUUGUACCCUCGAAACGGAACCAAUGCAGACAGGGACAACCUCAAACGCAGGUUGGAGCAGCUGGACUUUGAGGUGAAGGCUUACACUGAUAAGAAACGGGAAGAGAUUAUGGGCAUCAUCACUGAAGCUGCUAAAGCUAAUCAUGCAGAUGCUGACUGCUUUGUCUGCGUGUUCCUGAGCCACGGUGAAGACGGACACGUUUACGCCUACGACGCCCAGAUCGAGAUCAAGGAAGUGACGGCUCUCUUCAGAGGAGACAACUGUCGCAGUCUGGUGGGGAAACCCAAGAUCUUCCUCCUGCAGGCAUGUCGUGGGGACAAGCACGAUGAUCCGGUCACCCCCAUGGACGCGGUGGACAGUCAGGUCAAUGAGGUGAUGGUGGACGCCUGUGGGAUUCAAACUCUGCCCGCAGGAGCCGACUUCCUCAUGUGCUACUCGGUGGCUGAGGGAUUCUACUCACACAGGGAGACUGUGCACGGCUCCUGGUUUGUUCAGGACCUGUGUGAGCUUGUGCAGCAGUUCGGCUCCACGCUGGAGUUCACAGAGCUGCUCACGCUCGUCAACCGUAAAGUGUCUCACCGCAGUGUGGGAAACAGCAAGGACCCCUCGGCCAUCGGCAAGAAACAGGUGCCCUGCUUCGCCUCCAUGCUCACCAAGAAGCUCUACUUCAGGCCCAAGAAAGGAGAUUAUGUUUAAACACUCUGUGUAAACCUCACACACACACACACACACACACACACACACGCAGGGGCAGGGAUUUUUAUCUUUUAACUUAAAGCCAUGAGGAGGUUUAUGACAGACAGAGAGGUGCAGAUGAACAGCCAUGUCUUUUACACAAGUUAUAUUCAUGCAAAAACUCAGACUCAUUAGAAGUUUGUUUUUCCAAAAAAUCUGCUGAGGCUAUUUUAUUAAAACUGAUAAAAUUAAAACGAACUAAUUUUAGGAUGUUAAUAAAAAUAAAGGACUUGUGUUGAGAACCGAUAAAAAUGGUACAAUAUCUCAGGCUUGCAUAGAAAAUGUCUUCUUAGUAGAGCAUUAAAUCGGUGGCUUAUAUAACCUUGUAUCAGGAAACCAGUAGCAUAGGAUUCUAUCAGGGACGUGAAAACGGAGGGGUGUUAAAAAGGGACCGGCGACAGGAAGUGGUCAGGAAGGGACAAGGAACCGACAGAGAUCGUUCGUAGAAUCGUAGAACCGGGUUUUUUUAAUAUAUAUGGCUGUUCUGUUUGAGGACCAAAUGAAAAGGCGAUAUCAGGUUAAUUUUGUACGUCAUUUUGGACACGAAGGCGUUUGGCAAAUACUGUAAAUGUAAAUAGAAUUUCAGGGACUUAUAAAAAAAAAAAGUCAGGGGU